AUGAGUUACCCAAGAUCAGACCUGUUCAACGAUAGCAAGGCAAACUCUUCGCUGGUCGGAUCGAUAGUGGUGAAAACCGAUUCGGUGAGUUUCUAUUCGUUCAAGGCCAACAGCACAUACGUGGUAAAGAGCCACGGGCCAAUGCUACUAUUGCGUCAAACAGACGAUCAAGAAGGGUGUGUUGAACAGGAGCCCAUGGAGAUCCUGGAGACCAUUAACAAAUGUAUUAACAAGGUGGUAGUGCCAAGCGGAAACACCAUAGGUCUGAAGAUGGUGGCCGUAGGCGUCACCAGCCAUAGAAGUUCGAUGUUGGCUUGGGACAGAUGGACGGGCCACCCACUAUGCAACGUGAUUAUGAGGAGUGACAACAGAGCUACGGAAAUUGUAAACGAGUACUUGCAGAUCUAUGAUAAGUACAAGUUCCAGACGGUUUGCGGCCUGCCUUUGAGCCCUCUCUUCAGCGCGUUUAAAAUCAAAUGGCUUUUGAAUAACAACACCAAAGUGCAGGUUGCGUACGAACAAGGCAGGUGUUAUUUCGGUACGGUGGACACGUGGAUUGUGUGGAACCUGACCGGUGGAACAAAAGGUUGUAUAUAUUUACUGUCAGGUUAACCGAGGUUUUCCGAUAAAUUUUAUUUAGAUACGGAUACCUAAUAUGUAUUUCCGUCAAUAUACAGGCGGAGUGUUCGCCACAGAUUCUUCGAACGCAUCCAACACGUUUUUAAUGAAUAUCAACACGUUACAAUGGGACCCGAAACUGUUGAAAAUGUUCGGUAUCAGCCAGAGUAGUCUGCCGGAAAUACGAUCUAGUUCCCAAAUUUACGGAAAAUUUGCAGACGGCCCUCUGAAAAAUAUACCGAUUUCCGGUGUGAUUGGAAAUCGUCAGGCCGCUCUUGUCGGCCAUCGAUGUUUUCGACGAGGAAUUACAAAAGCCACGUUGGACGAAGGCGGAUCGGUAUUCACCGUAACCGGUGAAAACAAAGUGUUCUCUAAAAACGGUCUACUCACGACGAUCGGGUAUCACAUUGACACGAGACCGGUAUACGCAUUAGAAGGGCCGAUCACUUCAGGUGGCGCUGGCAUCGAAUGGAUGGAACACAUUACACGAUUAAAAACCAAUAAAAUUACACACUGUUUAAAAGCCGGCAAGAGAAUCAAUAAUCCGAAUUCAAUUUGCUAUAUUCACGCGAUAAAUGGUAGGCAAAAUCAAUCAUCUUAUACAUUAUUAACGAAUUCGCGAUUAAUUGGUUUUUUUUGUGAAUUUUCGGUAUCGCGAAUACACGAGAAAAAAAUCACGAACUAAUAUAAAUUAUAAUAUACUAUCCGUGGUUAAAACGUAAAAUAUGAUCAAAGAAAUCAUAAAUAUUUUAUUAUCGAAUCAUAGAGUUCGAAAAACUUAAGAUAGGUGUUGUUGGGCCAGCGAUUUAAAAAAAAAUUAAAAUUAAAAUCUAAAUUUAAAAAAUCAAAUUCUAAUGGGAAGGUGAACCACCUACCUUCCUCCCCCCAUAGCUGUCACUGCGUCAUAAUAGCUAUCAGUAUAUGCUAAAUUUCAGUUCGUUCCUUCCAGUAGUUUGAGCUAGGCGAUGAUGAAUCAGUUAGUCAGGACAUGUUAUUUUAUAUUUAGAGAAGAUAAUUCUAUCUAUAAUCAUUAUAUCUAACAUCCCAUUUACCUACCUAUAAAAGUGGUCUACGCAUAAGCAGUCGCAACUUUUUAAAAUUCAAAAAUUCUCUUACGUCCCCUCCCGAAAAUAAAUUCUAGAUAGUCCAGAGAUAAAGUCCUGCGUACUUUUAUGGGUUCGACCAGAUUGAAUUCUAAUAUUAAUUUUUGAUAUUAACAGGGGUAAGUAUAAACUAUAGAAAAUAUUUCGAUUUCAAAAAACACGAUAAAACUAUCUAAAAAUUUUUAUUAUAUGUAUUCUAGGUCUAUAUGCCCCUCACUGGAGGCCUGAAGCUUUGGGAGUUUUAGUUGCUGAUGAAUUUAACGCUGAAGACAUGCUUAGGGCCGCGAUGGAGUCUGUCAGUUUUCAAACUGCUGAAAUUUUAAAGGCUGCCACCAUGGACCUGAAAAUACCUAUUGAUAGGAUAAAAGUUGAUGGAUACUUGGCAGACAAUAAGUUCAUCAUGGAAUCCUUGGCUGACUUCAUUAACGCAAAGGUGGAAGUGGCCAUGUGCAAAGAGAUGACGGCGUUAGGCGCAGCGAUGGUAGCCGGGUACGCACCUGAGGUGAACGUAUGGAAUGUAAUGUGCAUGGCCGAAGACGUUAGCAUCGCUAACUAUAAGCCGACUUUAAAACCCGACGAGCUGAAAAAGAGAUGGUUUGAUUGGAAUAGAAAUAUUAACCGGUGUUAUAAUUUGGUUGAUACCAUUGGAAGGUCGGAGGCUCGAUAG